CUAUCCUUGGCCUAAAUACUUAACAAUACUUCGGUGAUAGAAAUUUUGCUUUAUGCAAAUUACCUGUGGUCAAGGUAGGACGACUUCAGACUUAAAUUAAACUGUGAUAUCUUCGUGAAAGGAUACGGGUCUAGCGGAAAUAUAUCAAACAGAAGGAAAUAUGUUAUACAAGAUGUAUUGCUACACGAGUCUUGUGCUCGCCAUUUCGGCCAGAGUGGCCAGCUACGAGUUGACCAUUCUGCACACCAACGACGUGCACGCUCGGUUUGACCAGAUCAACAAGUACGGUGCGGACUGCAGCGUCGAUGACGCCGCAGCUGGAAAGUGCUUUGGUGGCGUUGCUAGGCGACACACGAAGACCAAGGACAUUCGGAGUGGCCAUGACAACGUGCUACUUUUAGACGCAGGUGAUCAGUUCAUGGGGACACUCUGGUUUUUCGUUCACAGAGGCAAAGCCACGUCAUACUUUAUGAAUCAGCUCGGAUAUGACGUCAUGUGUCUGGGAAAUCACGAAUUCGAUCUUGGAGUGGACCCAUUGGCUUCCUUCUUGGGUAACGUCAGUUUUGACGUCGUCAGUUCUUCCGUUGACGUCACGAAUGAACCGAAGCUCAGCGGACUUUUGUCAAAAAGCGUCAUUAAAAACGUUGGGGGAGAAAAUAUUGGGGUUAUAGGUUACAUAACACCAGAAACCCAAAUUAUAUCCAAACCAGGACCGACGGUGACGUUUAAAGACGUCAUCAGCAGCGUUUCCGCGGAGGUGGCGGUACUGCAAUCUCAAGGUGUGACCAAGAUCUUGGCUUUGGGUCACGCAGGCUUUCGGAUGGAUCAGCAGGUGGCCGCUAUAGACGGAGUGGACGUUGUCGUAGGCGGACACACGGACACAUUCCUUUACACCGGACAGCCGCCAUCCGACGAAACGCCCGAGGGUCUAUAUCCGGUCGUCGUCAGCCAGCCAGGUGGUGGCAGAGCUCUCGUCGUUCAAGAUUUUACGUAUGGAAAAUACCUCGGUUUCCUCAACGUCACAUUCAACACAAAUGGUGACGUAACUUCCUGGAGCGGAAACCCCAUACUUCUUGACUCCUCUAUUGAACAAGACGCGGGCAUUCUUCGGGAGCUGGGGACAUGGCGACUUCCGGUGGAUUCUGUAAAGCUGGAGAAGGUCGGCCUGUCGCUGGUGGAGUUAGACGGUCUGCGGGAGCAUUGCCGCCUCCGAGAAUGCAACCUGGGUAACAUGCUCGCUGACGCCAUGAUCGACUAUUACGUCACUUCCGGUUACAACUUGUCAAACGAGGCCUGGGCGCCAGCGGCUAUUGCUCUCCUCAAUUCAGGCAGUAUAAGAAGCUCCAUCCAGAAAGGUACGAUCACUGCUGGGGACGUUAACACCGUACAACCGUUUAGGAACGAAGUGGACAUGAUUCGAAUAAACGGAAGUAACCUACGUCACCAGCUCGAGAUCAGCGUUAGCGAAUAUGACGUCACAGACAAGCAUGGACGAUUUCUGCAGUUUUCAGGGUUAAAAGUGACUUACGACCUCAGGCAGCCGGCCAUGCGGCGCGUGCAUGACGUGCAAGUGCGCUGUCUCAAUUGCGCUGUGCCCAGUUACUCCCCAUUGCAGGAUGACGUCAUUUACAACGUUCUACUCCCGACCUUUCUCAUCGAGGGAGGCGACGGAUACCAGUUUGAGCCGAUCGAACAUCUUCUCUUCAAUACGCUUGACGUCGAAGUGACGUUUAAAUAUCUGGGUAAGCAUGGUCCUGUCUAUCCAGCCGAGGAAGGCCGAAUUACAUUCGUUUCCAAGGAUACGGAUGCAGACCAAGUGGGAGGGGCACAGGGGCAGCAUGAUAGAAGCUCACUGACCUUUGUAUUUUUAAGCGGAUUGUUAUUAAGUCUUCUUAAGAGGAUCUUCUAGAAUUCACAAUCAUGAUCUUAAGUUAAGUACAGACUCAAUGUAAAUGGACACUGUAUUUUAACAUUCAUGGAUUUGUAAAAUACAAAAAAUGCCAAUCUUACAUAAUAUCUCAUCACCAAAUAAACAUGUUUAUGCCAUUUAAUGUAUUUGUGAAAACAUUUCAUUAUAACUAGCAAUAAAAUAAUAUUAGAUAGAUUGUCCCUUGGCAGUAAAACGAAAAUAUAUAAUAUAUAGGCACAUGUAUGGCCCGAUUGAUCUUAAACAGUGCAAGCCAGAUGACACAGAUGAGUGUUAUUUAUACACGAAACUCUUGGGGACUACGGUUGCAUUGAUAUCGGAGUUUGAGUCACUAGAAGGCAGCAAAACUGUCAGGUUAAGCAUGAAACAUAUUUAAAUAUCACAUCAAUACGUUUUAGUUUCAAUAUUGGCUUCCCGAGG